GUCAGUCCGAAGUAUCAGUUUAAAAGUUUUCCAGUAACUUUUCACGGGAUAAACUCGGUUUGCAGGCGUUUUGAUACAUUUUCUGGCCCAAUUAGAGCCAUCCGUCUGUGAAUCAACCAUUUUCCCGUAAUUCUGUGAUCUAGUGAUAGUUGUGCGGCCGGAAACGGAUAUUGUUUCCCGCGCGUAGCCGGGUCUGAGCACCAAUAAACAAACGCACAACGGGCGGAUUAUUUGGGCCGAAGCUUACGACCGUUGCAAGUCUGAUCGAGUUUGGCGCAAUCCGAACAAUCUCAAAUUGUGAAUUUUAUUGAAGAUGGCCUCCUACGUCAUGCCACCAUCUCCGCAUUGGCGAUACCCGGUGGAAACCGACCAGAACAGAAGUAACAUGAAUCUGAACAACAAUUUCUCGGCCAACGGCAGCUACCUGAGGCCAAGGGUGGUCUACAGUAAGGGUCCCUGCCCUCUGUCUGGACCCACCGUACCCUCCCUCAGCAACAUGAUGAUGGGGCUUGGAUUUCAAGACAGCCUUGGCCGCUUGGAGCGCCUGGAAAAGUAUUCUCGCAAAGUAUUCAUCGGCGGGCUACCACCGGACAUUAAUGAAAAGGAGAUCUAUGCAGCAUUCAGACGCUUUGGCCAUUUGACAGUGAAUUGGCCUCAGAAAGGAGAGACCAGGCCACAUUUCCCUCCAAGGGGCUAUGCCUUCCUCAUCUUUCAAGAGGAAGAGUCAGUUCAAUUGCUCAUUGAUUCCUGCAUCCAAAAACCAGCGGACAUGCCUCGUAUGUCAGAAAGGAGUCGACAUUCACUGGUUGCGCAGGUCGAUGGCAUUCCUCAGAGGCUUUUAUCAACACAGCCCCCUGUUGUUGUUCAACUCCCAGUUUUAACUCUACAGCCUCAGCUGUACAUCAGUGUGUCAUCACAUCUCCAACCAAACAAGCUUGUGCAGAUACGCCCAUGGAGUCUUGCUGAUGCUGAGUACACACUUGAUGACUCGGUUCCCCUUGACCCGCGGAAAACUGUGUUUGUUGGUGGUGUCCCUAGACCAUUCAAAGCAGUUGAGCUAGCCUGCUUGAUGAAUGAACUUUUUGGCAAUGUAUGCUGUGCUGGCAUUGACACAGACCCAGAUCUCAAGUAUCCCAAGGGGGCAGCCCGUGUUACUUUCACAACCCGUGAAAGCUAUCUCAGAGCUAUUGAAGUACGAUUUGUAGAAGUUCAGAUGCCUGAUCAGAGGAAACGAAUGGAAGUGAAACCAUUUGUUCUUGAUGACCAACUAUGUGAUCAAUGUAUAGACAGCCGAAGAAGUGGACCAUACUUUUGUGGGAACCUCAUUUGCCUUCAGUACUACUGUGAGAUGUGCUGGUCUCAAAUUCAUUCCGAUGAUGAAAAACAAUUCCACAAACCUAUUGUCAAAGAGUGGGCAGAUAGACCACGAACUUUAGCUUACCGUCGUUGUUGAAUUUCUGUCAUUAGUCUGCAAGUCAAAUCUGUAUGUACCUUGCCUCUGUUAGUCGUGGAGGCACAAUAUGUAGGUAUUUCUUAGAAACAAUAGUUAUGUAAGUUUGCUCAAUGUUACCUUCUUGAUUGUUCUCCUCAAAGGUAUUCAUAUUAUCUGGCUAUAUAUUUAAAUAUUUUAACUUCUCAAAAGAAGUCAUAUGCUUUUAAAGAGUGAAAUAAUCUUUUUAGAGUUGUGAGCUUUGCCAGCUCAUGUCAUUAUUGAACAAAAAUUUUAAUUGAGUAGUGUAGUUCUGUUGUUUUUGUUUUUAAUAUAAAUAGCUCUCUUUUUGUCUGGAUUUUGUUUGUUGAAUCCAACCAUAUAUAUGUUUUCUUUUUUCCAUAUUUAAUAAGUUAAGUGUCAAUUUGUUGUUGUUUCUUUUUUUUUUUAUUUAGUUUCAAAGUUUGUAUCUAUUAAAUGUAACUUUGUCCUGUUACCUGGUGAUUAUGACUUAAUGAAUUUUAUUCCCAGGGUAACUAAUUAAUUUUUCAAUGUGGGCCUACUGAGUUUAGUCCAUAAUUGCAAAGUGAUAAUGAAUUUCCUAUUGCAAGCUUUUAAGCUUGUCAGACAUACAAUUAAUUUGUCUUGUGCAGACUUGAGCUGCAUAUGUGUUAGGCUGUGUCCUUUCAAGAAUUCUUUUGUAAGUCCUGCAUUAGGCAUUACAGAUGUAUUAACAAAUUUUAGUCAUUUAAAGACUUGCUGAAAUAUGCUGAACUAUAUGUCAUUUCUGUUGACUAUGCAUUGAUGAAUUUAUAACAAUUGUUGAAGUAUUUGUUGAUUGAAAUACCUUGUUUUCAGUAAUUUGUUGUAUCUUAAUAGUCUAUUUAUACUUUGUUUACUCUAAACAGGCCUGUAAUUGAAUGAAAUUAAUUUAUAUUUGUGCUCUCUUCUAAGUAAUGUGACUGCCAUUAACUCUAUUUACCUGGCAUUAGUUUGUGUAUGUAUGCCUCUUUUCACUUAAUUGUAACAUUUUAUGACCAAUUGCAUUUCUAACUCUUAAGGGUAUUUUAAGUCUGUUCACAUUUUUAUUUUCCUCAACAAAGUUUUAAAUUUUGACACAUUGAUCAAUUUUUACAGUGCUACUACUUAAUUUUGAAUUCCUAAAGUCCUUUUUUAAAAAUCCAUUUUCUACUCCAUUUGUCCAGUAUCAUUCCCUCUGAUUGUAUUUCAUCUUUUAUUAUACAGUCUCCUUAUUGUGAACUACGAUUGUAAUUUGAUUUGUUCAUUGGUCUUAGCUAGGUUGUAUUGUCAGCUCCUGCCAUUCAGUCUUUGUCCUUUGUCAAUGGUCACCCUUUCUUAUCAGUCACAGUGAAUUUGUUUUGCUUUGAUUAAUUUCUCCCUUUCAUACUUUGAAUUAAAACACUGAUUGCCUGUA